GGAAAAAAUAUUAUUCUCCUAACCAACACAGCAUAAAUAUAAAUUUUCACUCUCCUCUGUUCCUUAGUGUAGAAAACGGAGUUAGAUAGAUGAAAGUCGAGACCAGAUAUGGAAAGAUUAGAGGCAGACGGUCUCUUUUAACUAUAUACAAAUUUUAAAUAGGAACUAUAUAUCACGUUAUUUCAAUUCAAAUAUUUUCCCCCGAAAGGAGUUAGAUAGAUGACCAGCAUCACUAUUGCUGACAAUCGUCCCAGAAAGUCCAACACCCUCACCCACUGCGCUUACCUUAUAAAGGUUUAUCAGUGGAACCCUCCCUAAAACAAACACAUCUAAAUAUCCUAUAAUUACUGUAGCCCCUAUACCUCACCUUAACAACUGGACAAUAAAUUAUAAAAUAAUUCCAAAACUAAAUUUAAUCGCAAUAAUCAAUAUAAAUACCUAAUAAUAAAACGCCUAAAAUCACUAGAUAAAAUCUCAAAAGAGUGUAGAAUUAAAAGAAUCUAAACUAUAAAACAACUAUAAAAUGUAUAAAAGAUAAAUCUCAAAACUUCGGCAAACGCCAUUCCAUCCUCAUUUUUAACAUAGAUUUUAAAACCAUAAAAACCCUAUCAUACAAUGCCUUAUUAUUUACUAAAUUAAUAUAAUUCCCAUUAUCAAUUAGUAAAUCAACUUGACUUCGCAAGUUCGCCAACAGCGGGCAGUCAAAAAGAAAAUGGUCCAGAGAGUCCUCUAACCCACAUUCACAACAGCUAUCCGUAACCAACCCGAAAGAAAAAAGCUUCUGACGGAAAUCCCCAUACCCAGUAAGUAUCUGGGACACAUAAAAAUCCGGAAUAACCCACGAGACCCUCAGUCGCUGCUGCACUGACGGGAAGAACUGAAACGUCACUCUCCCCCGAUAUUCAGCUACCCACCUAUCAUUCCAAAUAAUAUAAAGCUCAUUUUUAACCCUAUGUAGAACGUCUUUUCUAUUAUAUACAGCCUGAUCUGCCCUAAACCGGAAGGAGCCCACAUCAAAGGAUCUACCAAUUUUAAAAGAAAGUUAUUAAAAGUAAGCGAGAUUAAACAAGAAGAAAGGUAUAAUAUAAAACAUAUUAUACCCCCAAAGUUGCUUAUAAACUAUAAGUUCUAAUUAUGAAAAAUACAUCUAAGGAAAUAAAUAGUGAGAGCGACAAGGAAGAAGACAUAACAGAUAUCAUUGGACAUUGGGGUAAAUGGCAGUUGUUCUUGAUGAUGCUUAUAAUAUAUAUGAACAUUCCUAACGAAUGGUACAUGUUUGGAAUGGCUUUUAUGGCACCGAAAAUAAAUUAUUGGUGCACGACACCAUUAAACAGUUCUAAUACUACCACUGAAAAAUGGAAAAAUUUUACUAUUCCAUUGGAAGAAAUUGUCGAUAAAGAGAAACCUAAUCAGUGUGAUGUUUAUAGCAUUACAGAAGAAGGAGAAAAGAUUCGAGUACCCUGUCAUUCCUGGGAUUACGAUCAUUCAUUUUAUAAGUCGACCAUAAUUGAUAAAUGGAAUUUGGUAUGCAAAAAUGCAUAUUUACCGUCGUUAGUUCAAUCUCUCUUCUUUUUCGGAUAUUUAUUAUCUACUUUUAUCGGAGGACAAUUAUCAGAUAAAUUUGGCAGAAAACCCGUACUUUAUUUAAGCUCGGCGUGGACAUUUCUUUUCGGCAUGAUAUGUAUAUUUUCUGAAAAUUUCUGGUUGUUUGCAAUAUCUCGGUUUCUUCUCGGCCUAGGACAGGCAACUACCUGCUUAACCGUAUAUGUUCUUUUAACUGAAGUUGUUGGAAAGGAUUAUAGAGUAAUUGUGGGGUUUUUCAACAAAGUCGGUUGGGGAUUAGGACAAAUGAUUAUUCCUGGACUCGUCUGGCUUUUCAGAGACUGGUUUUAUAUAAACUUAAUUUAUACUUUGACUUAUUUAAUAUUUCUUCUUUUGUGGUGGAUUACACCCGAAUCUCCGAGAUGGCUUCUUUCUCAAGAUCGAGUCAACGAAGCGGAAAACGUGACUAUAAAUGCGUUAAAAAUAAACAAGAGAGAAAUCGAUCAUUUGAACGAGAGACUAAAAAUCAUUUCCGAGUUGAACGAAAAGGAAAACAAAAGAAACCAAAAUAACCAGGCGACCUUUUCGGAUAUAAUGAAAUCUCCCAAUUUACGAAGAAUGUCUUUUAUAUUGUACGUUGCUUGGAUUUCCACCGUAAUAACUUAUUACGGGUUAUCAUUCUCGGCCGACGAUAUUGGGUUGGACGUGCUCUUAUUUUUCUUUCUUUCUGCAUUAGUAGAAAUACCGGCGGGUUUUUCAUAUUACUACUUUCAGCGAUUUGUUGGUAGGAGAUAUACGCAAAUAGCUUGCUUGAUAGUAAGUGGAUCGGCUUGUCUGGUAGCUAUCGCCGUACCUAAAGAUUUCCAUAAAGUUCUCAUUAGUUUAGCUGUUGUGUCCAAAUUCAGUCUGUCCGUAUCCUUUAGCUCGUUAUAUCUUCUAUCGUCCGAGAUUUAUCCCACUGUAGUCCGCAACGUUGGUUUAGGAUCUUGCUCGACGGUAGGAAGAAUCGGAGCCAUAGCUGCUCCUUUCAUGAAAGAAGCGGCAUCUCAAAUAGACAGAUCUUUUCCUUUGGCAUUAUUUGGUACCAUGUCACUUAUCGGAGGUUUAUUAGUGUUUUUCUUACCGGAAACGAAAAACAUGGAGUUGGCGGAUACCAUAGAACAAGGAGAAACUAUUGGAAGUGAAAAUAAACAAGAAAAAUCAGAAGAUGUAACCGAUAUAAUUGGACAUUGGGGUAAAUGGCAAUCAAUAAUGAUGAUUUCUAUUAUAUACAUAAAUUUUCCUGCCGCAUGGUACAAUUUCGGAAUGACUUUCUUGGCACCGAAUAUUGAUUAUUGGUGUGCAAAACCACCGGAAUUUUCUAAUAUGUCGAUGGAUGAAUGGAAAAAUGAUAGCAUUCCCAUAGUAAUAAACAACAAUAAACAAUCUUACAGCAAGUGUGAAAUGUAUAGUUCCAUAGAGGAAGAAAAUAGAACUCGAAUACCGUGCAAAUCAUGGGAUUACGAUCAUUCAUUUUACAGAUCCACCAUACUCGAAAAAUGGAAUUUAGUAUGUGAUAAGUCUUGGUUACCAUCUUUAGCUCAAUCUCUUUAUUUUUUGGGAUUUUUAAUAAGUGUUCCUCUUGGAGGACAAUUAUCAGACAAAUUUGGAAGAAAACCCAUUCUUUAUUUAUGUAUGAUAUGGACAUCUAUCUUCGGCUUGAUAUCUACAUUUUCUCAAAAUUUCUGGUUAUUUGCAGCAUGUAGAUUUAUUCUUGCAAUUGGAAGAGGAUCUUCAUUUUUAAUCAUAUAUGUCCUUUUACUGGAAGUUGUUGGAAAAGAAUACAGAGUCGUCGUAGGAUUAUGUGAUAAAAUAGGAUGGGGAAUAGGACAAAUGAUGCUUCCGGGGCUGGCUUGGCUUUUGAGAGAUUGGUUUUAUCUGGAAUUGAUAACUGUAUUAACUUUUAUCGUUAUUCUUCCGUUGUGGUGGAUCACACCAGAAUCUCCAAGAUGGCUUCUUUCUCAAGAAAGAGUUGAAGAAGCUGAAGUAAUAAUUACGAAAGCAAUUAAAGUGAAUAAACGAAAUGUUGAAAAUUUGACUCAAAAAUUAAAGUCGAUAAGUGAAAGAAUUAUAAAAGAGAGCGAAGGAAAGGAUAACAAGCGCGUAACAUUUUUUGAUAUAAUGAAAUGUCCGAAUUUAAGAAGGUUUACUUUAAUACUGUUUAUAAUUUGGUUUUCGAUUAUGGUAGCUUAUUAUGGAUUAUCUUUCACAGCUGAUGAUAUUGGAGUAAAUAUUUUUUUGUUCUUCUUCCUCGCUGCUUUAGUAGAAAUACCUGCAGGAUUCGUUUGUUUUUUCCUUCAAAAAUUCAUUGGUAGAAGACAUAUACAAAUUAUUUUUAUGAUAAUAAGUGGGUUGGCGUGUCUCAUUGCUAUUGCUGUCCCCGAAAGCAUUUCCUCUGCUGUUAUUGCUUUGGCAAUAAUUUCGAAGUUUAGCCUCGCUUUAUCAGUGAUGAAUGUGUAUUUGUUAUCUUCGGAAAUCUACCCCACUGUCGUUCGUAACGUAGGAUUAGGAGCGUGUUCAAUGAUGGGAAGAUUAGGAAAUGUAAUUGCUCCCUUUAUGAAAGAAGGGGCAGACCGUAUACACAGAGCUUUUCCAUUAGGAUUAUUUGGUUCAAUAGCUCUUCUUGGAGCUGCUUUGGUAUUAUUUUUACCAGAAGUUAAAGAUUCAGAAUUAACAGAUACGUUGGCACAAGGAGAAGUUGUAGGAAGGUCUGUAACAUAA